AUGAGUGGAAGUGCAGAUAAAUUUAAGCCAAGCAGUAAUCGCUAUUCAAAUCCGAAGUCUAAUCCAUACUUCCAAGAAUCAAGCCAAAAUCCAUGGGAAUCUCCUAAACCACUUCCAGCAUACACUCCUAAAUACCAAUUUUCAACUUUAAAUUCUUUGCCGGUUCGCCAUACACAAUCCAAUUCUGCUCUAAAUGAACCCCAGCACUCAUGAACUGUCAAUAGGCGGAGCCAACUUUCGUUAACUUCUCCUCAGAAUAAAAUGAGAUCUCAAGAAAUCAAAAAUCAACUGGAAAAUGAGCUAAAACGACUAGACGAAGAUUUCACGUUUGAUUAUGAUGAAGAGGUUUCUUUGAUUCAAUCGGCGAAAUAUAUUAAGCAGGCCGUCGAUAAAAUUAUUUUUGAAAAACAGCAGGUCAUUGAGCAGGGAAAUAGAUUAUCGCAGAGACCACUUAGCAUGGUAAGUGAAAUAGGGAGUAAUCCUUCAGCAAUAGAAGAAUUAAAAUCAAGCUUAGAAAAUCAAAAUUUUCAAGCUUCUCAAGAAUUGGAAAAAAUUAGAUUUGAUAAUGAUGAAUAGGAAAUUACAAUUUUGUAUAAGAAUAAAGAAUUUAUGAUAUUUAUAUUAACAAAAUCAUUUUUUAAAUAGCAUAAAAAAACUCAAAAUCAGCUUAAGAGAUAUGAAUCAAUACUGAGGCAAAAAGAGAAAAACUUAAAAGACCAAGAAACUCAUGUAAACUAUGAAAAAGCUCAGGUUGAAAAAGAAAAAACAGAAAUUCACCAAGAAAGAGACAAAUUAGCAUUUGAAAAAGAUUGAUUAGACAUAAUUAUAGCGGGUCACAGUGCUAUUACAAUCCCUAUACUCUCAGGAUUUUCAGACUCAGGUGGCCUUAAGUUACUAGUGUUCACACGUAAUGCCAUUUUCGUGUCUAUCUCUCACACAAAAAUUAUGCUAUCAUCAAUCUAGCGGAGAGACCCGCCCGAUCAUGCUUGGGCCCAUCUCUACGAUAAAGAACUCUCUUCAAGGUAAGAGCUAAUCGUCUAAUUCCUCCUUUCUGUAACUAUUCUGCCUUUUUACAAACUAUUAUUGCUUAUUUGAAAAAAAGAAGAAAACCAAAAGACUUUGACAAUAAUAAACGAAGAAAAGCAAAAACUCAAUGCUCAAAUGAACAGUUUAGAUAAUAAGUUUUUAGAAAUCAAAGAAGCCUUAGGAGAGCUUGAAAGAGAUCCAAAAAACCAGGCCAAAGGCUCUCUUGAUGAAUUUGAGCAACAAAGACUUGACUUUUUAAUGGAAUGUGAAGAAAAAGCUGAAUGGAUAGCAAAAGCUGAAGAAAGCUUAAAUACAAAAGAAAGGAUUUUAGCCGAACAACAAGAAGAAUUAGGCCAGCUCUCUCAAUCUUUACAGCAGCUUAAAGAUGAAAUGGAAAGUCAGCAGGAAGCCAUAUCCUCAAAUCUCGAGUUACAGUCAAAGUCAAUUCAAAAUGAGUCAAAGUUGCUAGAAGAUAAAAAAAAAGAAAUCGAGUCAACCUUAAAGAUCCUCAAUGAAAAGCUAAAAACAGUCGAAGCCCUUGAAAAAGGCUUAGAAGAACAAAAAAGAAUCAGAGAAAACGAAGAGCAAAAGCUUAAAGAGCAUUAUAUCGUUAAGCUAGACGAAGCAAUAAAAAUGAAUGAAGAAGCUCAAGAAAACAUGAAACUUUUGGCUGAAAAAGAAGCAUUUAUUGAUGAAAUUAUUCAAAAAAUCAAGGAGGAAGAAAUUGAGCUGGAAAAUAGAUGAAAAUAUUUAGAAGAUGUAGAGAAGAUGAAAGAAGAAUUAGAAAAAGUAAGAAUGAUGUAUGAAGAAGCCAAUAAUGAGCUAAAGAAAAGAGAUGAAAAGCAGCAGGAGCUGAUCAAAGAAAUCCAAGAAAGAGAAGAUAAAGUUCUUCUCAGAGAGAAUCAAGGGAAUAAUGGAGCUACACAGUCAAACGAGAGAAUAGAAGAACUUUAUAACAGCUUACUUCCCUAUUCCAAAGCGAAUAUAAAUUUUGCUUGCUUAUGGAGGGAUAAAUUUUUUAGAAAAAUUUAUAUAUUAAUUUUAUGUGAAUUUUUUUUUGAAUUCGAACGCAAAAAUUAAUUUAAUUUGUAAAAUUUAUUUUUAAAGUGCAAACUGUUUAAAACUUAAAUGAAUUAGUAAGAUUUUCAUUAUACUAAUUAUUUCAUAAAAAUUUUAUUCACUCCAAAAUUUCGGAAUGAUUUUAUUCGCUCACUAAACGGAAGCGUUAGAAGAGAAACUCCAAUUUAUUUUGCAAAAAGAAUCUGAGCUGCAAAAAAUGCAAGAAUAUAUUGAAAAAGACCGAGAAGAUAUCGACAAAACUGCUGAUUUGCUACAAAAAAUCCAUAGUGAGCUCAGUGAGCAGCGUGAGCUCCAAACCUUAGAACAAGAAAAAAUAAAGUUAGACAAGAAAAAGAUCUUAGACAUGCUUGAAAGAUUGAAUGAAGAAAGCCUAAAUAUCAAGGCCAAAGAAGAAGAGCUGCUUGAAAAAGAAGAAUUUUUGAACUCAAAAGAAGUCGAGCUCCUAGAAAAAGAAAGCGACAUUGUCAAGAAAAGCCAUGGCUCUAUUGAAAAAGAGAGUGAAAGCGAAGAAAAGCCAGAAGAUAACGUAAAAGAUGGGUCUCAGCCUGAAGAAAGUUAA